GGCUGGACUUCCCGGGACAGCUGCCUAAGGGGAUCGAGGGCCAACAGCCGGAGGGACCACCGACCCCAUUGUCCCGCCCCGACAGGACCGUGCGGAGCCCGCAAGUUCCAGACUCGAAGGACCGAAGCAGAGCCAAGUACGCCGUAGGUCCUAACAAAUGUUCAAGAGAACGCCGAAAGCGCGGGGAGGCGGGCCGGACUCACUGUCACCAUCUCGCGACAGCUAAGUGACGUCGCACAGCAAGCGCGUGUUCCAGUCUUUCACCUUCAGACGCCUCAGUUUGUGGGCCUACUCCUUUAAGUAAGUGAUGGACAGCGCUGUUGCCCAAUCAGUUUCCUCGUCAACAUCCAAUCAGAUUUAAACUUCCUCCAGCCGCCGGAGAAGUUGGAAGACUGGGGUCGAAAGAGAGCGAGAGAGUGAGCGAGUGAGCUCUUUGUCUCUCGCGAGAUUGGGGAGAGCCAAGUUCUCAGAAAAAAACGCCAGAACUGAUGUCCGGACUUCCCAAGUAGUGGUUUAAAGGACGUGGUCACAAGCCAAUGAAAGGGAAGAGAAGGUGGGCUCGCUGCUUUCGCCGUGCUAGAAGUACCGUUACAGGGCAGACUUUUUGUCCAAUCAACGCCUCCAGGCUUUGGGUCAGGUGACCAUGAAGUGCGAGGGGGCGGAGCUACGGCCUGGCGCGAGGAACCGUUAAGACAGACAACGAAUAUAACCAAUGAGGUACUCCGAUUAGGGCGUUGGGAACCCAAUAACAGCGUCGAGGCGGGCGCCUUCCCGGAGCGCGGGGAGAUGUAAAGACGGACAAAUACUUUUUCCAAUGAGAAGGCUGAAGAGUGAAUUAAUUGACCAAUGAGGUCUGCGGGGCGGGAGCCUGUGCCGCGGCGGAGUCCAAGAUGGCGGCGUGCGAGUCCGCUGUGUGAAACGAGCGCGGGGUGGCGGGUUAGUCAGCUCCGCAGAGACGACCUCCGGCGACCCUCCACGAUGAAAGGCAAGGAGCGCUCGCCGGUCAAGCCCAAACGCUCCCGGGGUGGCGAGGACUCCAGUUCUCGCGGAGAACGGAGCAAGAAGUUAGGGGGCUCUGGCGGCAGCAAUGGGAGCAGCAGCGGGAAGACGGACAGCGGCGGGUCGCGGCGGAGCCUUCACCUGGACAAGUCCAGCAGCCGAGGGGGCAGCCGCGAGUAUGACACUGGCGGGGGCAGCUCCAGUAGCCGCUUGCAUAGUUACAGCUCCCCGAGCACCAAAAAUUCCUCAGGCGGGGGCGAGUCGCGCAGCAGCUCCCGGGGUGGAGGCGGGGAGUCACGUUCCUCCGGGGCCGCCUCCUCCGCGCCUGGCGGCGGGGACGGCGUGGAGUACAAGACCCUGAAGAUCAGCGAAUUGGGGUCCCAGCUGAGCGACGAAGCGGUGGAGGACGGGCUGUUUCACGAGUUCAAACGCUUCGGUGAUGUAAGUGUCAAAAUCAGUCACCUCUCGGGUUCUGGCAGCGGGGAUGAGCGGGUAGCCUUUGUGAACUUCCGGAGGCCAGAGGACGCGAGGGCGGCCAAGCAUGCCCGAGGCCGCCUGGUGCUCUACGACCGGCCUCUGAAGAUCGAAGCCGUGUAUGUGAGCCGGCGCCGCAGCCGCUCCCCGUUAGACAAAGAUACUUACCCUCCGUCGUCCAGCGUGGUCGGAACCUCUGUGGGUAGCCACAGGCACGCCCCAGGAGGAGGUGGAGGUCAGAGAUCGCUGUCCCCUGGCGGUGCUGCCUUGGGAUACAGAGACUACCGGUUGCAGCAGUUGGCGCUUGGCCGCCUGCCGCCUCCACCCCCACCACCACUGCCCCGAGAGCUGGAAAGAGAACGAGACUAUCCGUUCUAUGACAGAGUGCGCCCAGCUUAUAGUCUUGAGCCAAGGGUGGGAGCUGGAGCAGGUGCUGCCCCUUUCCGAGAAGUGGAUGAGAUAUCACCCGAGGAUGAUCAGCGUGCCAACCGGACACUUUUCUUGGGCAACUUAGACAUCACUGUGACCGAAAAUGAUCUGAGAAGGGCUUUUGAUCGCUUCGGAGUCAUCACAGAAGUGGACAUUAAGAGGCCUUCUCGUGGCCAGACCAGUACCUAUGGUUUUCUCAAAUUUGAGAAUCUAGACAUGUCUCACAGGGCCAAACUAGCAAUGUCUGGCAAAAUUAUAAUUAGGAAUCCAAUCAAGAUUGGUUAUGGUAAAGCCACACCCACUACCCGACUUUGGGUGGGUGGUCUGGGACCUUGGGUGCCUCUUGCUGCCCUGGCACGAGAAUUUGAUCGAUUUGGCACCAUACGAACCAUAGACUACCGAAAAGGUGAUAGUUGGGCGUAUAUUCAGUAUGAAAGCUUGGAUGCAGCUCAUGCUGCCUGGACCCAUAUGCGUGGAUUCCCACUUGGUGGCCCAGAUCGUCGCCUUAGAGUAGACUUUGCAGACACAGAACAUCGUUAUCAGCAGCAGUAUCUUCAGCCUCUGCCCUUGACUCAUUAUGAACUAGUGACAGAUACUUUUGGACAUCGAGCACCUGACCCUUUGAGGAGUGCUCGGGAUAGGACACCACCCUUACUAUACAGAGAUCGAGAUAGGGACCUUUACACUGAUUCCGAUUGGGUGCCACCCCCACCACCAGUUCGAGAACGCAGUGCUCGUGCUGCAGCUAGUGCUGUGACUGCUUAUGAGCCACUGGAUAGCCUUGAUCGAAGGAGGGAUGGCUGGUCAUUGGACAGGGACAGAGGUGAUCGGGAUUUGCCCAGCAGCAGGGACCAGCCAAGGAAACGAAGGCUGCCUGAGGAAAGUGGAGGACGGCACCUGGAUAGAUCACCUGAGAGUGACCGGCCACGAAAACGUCACUGCACUCCCACUCCUGACCGAAGUCCAGAACUGAGCAGUAACAGAGAUCGCUACAACAGUGACAAUGAUCGAUCCUCCCGUCUUCUUUUGGAAAGGCCUUCUCCAAUCAGAGAUAGACGGGGUAGUUUGGAGAAGAGCCAGAGUGACAAGCGAGACCGUAAAAACUCUGCAUCAGCUGAACGGGAUAGGAAGCACCGGACAGCUGCUCCUUCAGAGGGGAAAAACCCUCUGAAAAAGGAAGAACGGUCAGAUGGCAAUGCCCCCAGUGCCAGCACUUCUUCAUCAAAGCAGAAACCUCCUUCCCAGAAACAGGAUGGAGGGACAGCUCCUGUGGCUGCAUCCUCUCCCAAACUCUGUUUGGCUUGGCAGGGCAUGCUUCUACUGAAGAACAGCAACUUCCCGUCCAACAUGCAUCUAUUGCAGGGUGACCUCCAAGUUGCUAGCAGUCUACUUGUAGAGGGUUCAACUGGAGGCAAAGUAGCCCAGCUCAAGAUCACUCAGCGUCUCCGUUUGGACCAGCCCAAGUUGGAUGAAGUAACUCGUCGCAUCAAAGUGGCAGGGCCCAAUGGUUAUGCCAUACUUCUGGCUGUACCUGGAAGUUCUGACAGCCGACCCUCCUCUUCCUCAGCCACAUCAGACACUGCCACCUCUACUCAGAGGCCACUUAGGAACCUUGUGUCCUAUUUAAAGCAAAAGCAGGCAGCUGGGGUGAUCAGCCUCCCUGUGGGAGGCAACAAAGACAAGGAAAACACCGGGGUUCUUCAUGCCUUCCCACCUUGUGAGUUCUCUCAGCAGUUCCUGGAUUCCCCUGCCAAGGCACUGGCCAAAUCUGAAGAAGAUUACCUGGUCAUGAUCAUUGUCCGUGCAAAACUGGUGAACAGCGGAUGAAGAUACGGAAUUCAAAGCUCUAAUGGACCUUUUUGAAGAGAAGUUGUGGCUUAUGUGGAGUUUACAUGGGCCUCUGAUGGAAGAAAGCUAAUCUGUUUAGUAUUUUGUGCAUUUUACUAAAAUGGCAGCUUAACAUUGUGUAUCUGCUAUUGUGAUGCCAAUGCCGGUGUUUUAAGUGGAAAAAUGACCUCUUUGCUUUGUGCUGUGUACACAAGAUUUCUGGAAAAGUAAAGGAAAACCCUUUUUAUGGCUCACACAGCUUAAAAGUAGCUGUCACUCAAACAUGGGCUCACAGUUGAGCUGCUUUUGUUUUAUUCUAAAUAAAUUGUUUCUUUUGAGGAAAAUGUUUUUCUGCCUGGAAGUGAAUUGACGGCAAACCUUGACCCCUUUGUUUGCAGCGGAGGGGGUACUUGUUGCUGCUCAGAUCUUGUAUGUCUUGAGCAAGAAGCAGGGAGACCAUCAAUUUCAUUUUGACUAUCACGGUGUGUCAAUUCUGAAGGAUCAUAGUGUUACAGUGACCCCCUUUGUUUGCAGUGAAGGGGAUCCUUUGCUUCUCGGUCCUCAACACGAUGAGGGUGCUGUUUGCUGGUGUGCAAGAAGCCGGGGCAAGCACCCUAAACCUCACCACAGUGCACGAGUCGGGGGCUUUGCUGGUUUGAAGAGCCGGAGUUCCUGAAAUUUAAGUUUUGAUUUAUUUUGUUCACCCAUCACGUUUGGCUUUAGUUUCAUUUUUUAAUUUGAAGAAAAGUUUGAAAUUGCAUUAUCUUGCACUUUUAACAUUUGCACCAAAUUGCCAAAAGAAGGAGAAAUGCUCCGGUUGCUUUUUAAAUGUUAAUGAUGUUAAUAAAGCCUUUCCUGACACAUUUGAGGAGCUCCUCCGUCUCCAGGGGCUUCUUACCAGAGUUAUGCAGUGAUGGGUUUAGUUCUGAAUGGAUGAAGAGUUCCUGAGAGCUAGCGUUUGUAAUUAGAACCGUUACUUGGUAUCUGUGCCUUAUUUGACCUGUGGUUCUACAUGCCUUGGAUGUGCAUGCAUCGUGACGGUUUCAUAGGUACGAACGCACACUCAGGCCCAGUCACUUCGGUUGGUAGUACAGAGUGUGAGGAAAAAAAAUGGAGGCAUCCUUAAGGAGGAGAAAGUGUUUGCCUUUAGUUCCUGCAUUAUCCUGUACAGGGGCUCUUGAGCUUUGGAAGCCUGUUCCCAGUACAGGAGAAAAACUCCAGUUUGCAGCAGAAUACUUCAGUGCACAGUGACAACGCUGGAGUUCAAGAGGAAGCCAGCAAUUCUGCACCUUUGGCUUCAGAUACCAUGGUUCUUUGCCAGUUUUAAACUUAACUAGUUGCAGACGAAGACCAUCUUGACAUGCAGGCUUGUUUGGGCUUGUUUUGAAUUUUAACCUCGGAUGGAAGAGCCCUAGUGCUGUCUUGUCUCCAUGCGGGAUGAUGAUUGCUAGGCAACAGGUGAUUAUCAACCAAGGAUGCCACGGUUAUACUCUGCAAGGUGGUGUUCCAGUGGUAAACAGCUGUAUAAACUUGUAAACAGGAACUACUGACAAAACCUAUAGCUGACUUUUGGAUAUGGCUUUAUUACUCAGCAACUAAAAGAUGAGUUCUAAUGCCAGACUUCUGGCACUGGCAUUGUCCUCCUGUUUCUAUAGAAACUGGGUUGAAAGUCAGAGCUGCACAGAGGGAAAGGGUAAGUUUCUUUUAAUUCCAUAUUAUAAACCCAUACCUUACCGGCCUGGUAUCAGUUUCCACAUAAAAGUGAGUGGUAAAGUAUUCUCAAGUAGGAACUACUAAUUUUCACUUGAAAGGAAACUGACAUCAAGUCAUUAAAUAUAAUGAGGGUUUAAAUAUGGAUUUAUUUUUCUAGUGACUCUGACUUCACAUUUCUUAAAGGAAUGAACUCAGAAUUAUCACUGUCAGUUUUUACUCAAGGGGGUCACAGUAUUGAUUUUUUUUUUUUAUCCUAUUCUAUUACACCUUUCUGGUAAGUGAAAAGUGAAAUAUAGAAUAUAUAUGGGGGCGUUGUAAAAAUCUGCAUGGUUUAUGUCUCUUUGUAGAUGUCCAUUUCUUUUUUCCAUUGUAAAACAAGUUCUAUUCUACUGACCAGUUCUUAGCCUCUUUUUCUCUUUUAGCUAAAGGAUGAGUACCUCUCUUGGGACAUAUGCAUAUGUUCUCAUCUAGGCUCGGACGUAUUGUUUGUAGAUUUUAAGACACCUGCCAAUUGGUGAGUCAUCCUAUUGCUGUGGCUUCGGAGGACUUUACUAGACAGCUGUAGAAUUUAGAUAUGAAGUUGGUAUACUUGAUAAUGCAAACUCCUACGAUUUACAGCUUGGUGUGUUUAAAUAACAUUAAAAUCUGACUAGCUUUGAGAUGGAAAGAAAGACAUUCUGAGCUUUCACUUUUAAAAAUGAUAUUAGAGGAUAUAUUAUUACAUACUAUUAGAGGAAAAAAUUGAUCUUUUCCCCCACUAAAAGAACAUGUGUUAGUUGUGCAGACCAAAGAGAAGCACACUUUGGCUUUAUUUCCAUCAAGAUUUGUAGAUUUGUCAGUUGUAAAAAUAGUAUGCUGUAAAAGUUGGUCAGGUAUGGUGGCACGUGACUGUAAUCCCAACACUUGGAGGAUAAGGUUGGAGGAUUAUGAGAUUCAAGCCAGCCUGAACUACAUAGUGAGAUCCUGUCUGGAAAAAGAAGUUUGUCAGUGGGAUAAGUAAACUCUUAUUAAAUGUGUCCUUAGUUCAUGCCUGAAAUUAGGUUAUUAUUAAAAAUUUUAUAUGACUCAUUAGUUUUUAUUUUGCUAGCUGGGGCUUAUAUAAGGUAGAAACAACUGAAUUUAUGAUUUUUUUUUUUUUUUUAGGGGGAAGCAAGAGCAGGAAGAUGGCUAGAAAGUUUGGCGUACUGCUUGCUGUAAAGCAUCCAGGUGCAUCUAUUCCUUAAGAAUAGUCAGUUUGUCCUGGUUUUAAAAUGAAAAAUCCAAGAUUUCAUCAGGCUGGAGAGAUGGUUCAGUGGUUAAGAACAUUUGCUGUUCUUCCAAAGAAUCCAAGUUCCAUUCUCAACACCCACUUGGCAGCUCACAACCCAGUCCCAAGGGAUCCAUUGCCCUCUUCUGGCCUCCAUGGGCACUGCGUACACAUGGUAAACAGACAUGUAGGUAGAACACGCAUAGACAUGAAAAUAAUAUCUUUAAAAAUCUAGGGAACCCCCUUCUGAGCAGCCCAGUCAGUCACUCUGAUCCUAGUUCACUCUCAACAUCCCUGAAGAGUUCUCACUAAAGUUUAGGGUUUUGUAGUGUAGUCUUGGGACUUUGUUUUCUUUUCUAGACAAGGUCUUGCUAUAAAAUCAAGGCUAGUCUUAAGCAAUUGACAGUCCCGCCCCCUCAUUCUUCUGAAUGCUGAGGUUAUAGGCAAUGUAUCACCACACCUGCUACUAAGUUCUCACUGCUGACUGUUUUGUACUGAAAGAUUUUAUUGUAUAAUAGCUUCUGCUGGAGUGGGUCAGUGUGUUAGAGUUUUUAAUUUGUUUUCUAGGUAUUUGUG